CUUGUGUUUAUGGGCCAGCUCUUCUCCGCCUUCGUCGACCCCGAUGCGCCAUCGUCCACGUUCAGCACGUUCGCUGACAAGUACGAGACAUUUGAGGAGCUGCAACACGCGCUUCGACAUGCCGGUCUCGAGUCGUCGAACUUGGUUGUUGCAAUCGACUUCACAAAGUCCAACCAGUGGAGCGGCGCGCGGUCGUUUAACGGCAAAUGCUUGCAUGACAUCGACCCCACUGGAGCAACUGUAAACCCGUACCAGUCUGUCAUUCACAUCAUGGGGCGAUCGUUGGAGGCAUUCGACGACGACAAACUUAUUCCAGUGCUUGGGUUUGGGGAUGCAACCACUGGGUCGGCUGGCUUUUUUAACUUGGGCAUCGACGGCGCACCAUGCCGAGGCUUUGACGAAGUCUUGCAUCGAUAUGCCCAAGUCACGCCAACGCUGCAGCUCUCUGGUCCAACGAACUUUGCCCCCGUCAUCUACGAAACCAUCCGGAUCGUGCAAAGCACCCGGCAAUACCACAUACUUGUCAUCAUUGCGGACGGGCAAGUCACGAACGAAAAGGAAACGCGAGAUGCGAUCGUGGCUGCGUCGAAUCACCCGAUCUCGAUUGUCAUGGUCGGGGUCGGCGAUGGGCCAUGGGACAUGAUGGAAGAGUUCGACGACCAACUGCCUCGACGCCGGUUCGACAACUUUCAGUUUGUCGAGUACACCAAGGUCCUGCGACUGAACCAACGAGCCCCCGAGGUCGGGUUUGCCACUGCCGCCCUCAUGGAAAUCCCAGAUCAAUUCAAGACUAUCAAGAAGCUCGGGCUGCUGUAAGAAGCUCGCGUCGACACGUCUUAACUGCACUAAGAAAAGAAAGGAAAUAUUGGCGUCGUGAUGGCAUCGGCCUCGAAUGCACCAACACACGUGUUGCCUUGAAUCACGGCCAGCAGAAGAAUCCAUGCAUCCCACCACGCGUUUCAGUGGAUAUUGGCAACGGAACGUCCA